UACAGUUUGUCUUUCUUCUUUCUCUUCUUUUCGACCUUUUUCUUUUUUCACUAUCAUUUCAAAUUUCAAAAACCUUCUUCUUCCUCUUCUUCUUCUUAUUUCUAUAAUUCUAUCUCUUACAUAACCCAACCAAGUGCACCUUCACAACACUGCAUCAACAUCUACUUGUAGUUGCCACUUGCACCCUCCACCUCCUCUGUAAAAACCAGCUCAUUUCUUAAAUGGGUGGCUCUGGAAGAUGGUUCAAAUCACUUAUUUCUCUCAGAAAAUCCUCCACCAAUGAUCAUGAGAAGGGUGGUGAUCAGAGUAAGAGAAAGUGGAAGCUAUGGGGGAAUUCUUCAGAAGGCGUUGGGUUUGGUUCCUCCAUGAUGAAGGGCCAUGGUGGUGGUGGUGCUUCUUCUGACAAAGAAAGAGAAGCGUUUGCUGCUGCAGUGGCUGCUGUGGUGCGAACUCCUCACAGAGGCUUCAUGGUGAUCAAGCAGGAAUGGGCUGCUAUUCGAAUCCAGACUCUGUUUCGUGGCUUCUUGGCAAGACGGGCUUUGAGGGCACUGAGGGCAGUGGUGAGGCUGCAAGCUAUUUUUCGUGGCCGGCUAGUGAGAAAGCAAGCAGCUGUUACCCUAAGGUGCAUGCAGGCUCUUGUGCGAGUUCAAGCACGUGUCAAGGCAAGGAAUGUGAGCAAGUCUCCACAAGGGAAAGCUGUGCAGAAAUCGUUGAAGGAUCGUCGCAACCAAGCUGAUCCUGUUAAGCAGGCUGAGCGAUCAACAGUGGGUGCUAGUCCAAAUUCCAGAGCAACUAAACCAUUGACUCCUCUCAAGCAUCGCAGCCUAGACAAUAAGAGCUUGUUUGAUCGCUGGAUGGCGGCUAAGCCAUGGGAGAGCAGGUCGAUGAACGAUAUCCAUUUCGACUCGCCUGACAUGACUCCAGUGUCCAGGAAAGAUCAUGACCUUGUUCUUCCAUUCAAUUCAUUUCAACAAAAUAGCUUAGUCAAAGCAAGAAGGAAUGGUGUGACAACCAGAAUUUCAACUAACUCUCUCACAACUAGUCACUCAACUCCAUCAUCUUCUUCGGCCAUAAGCUCUGAAUGUAUGUAUGAUGAUAGCCCUGUAUCAGCGUCAUGUACAUCAGGAUCACCAUCUUUACCACCAUCCACCAACACUGUUAUGGUGGAAGCAAAAGAUCAGGAAAGAGGUAUUGGCAAAGCAGGCUACAUGAAUUUGACAGCAUCAUCCAAGGCUAAACUGAAAGCUUGUAGAUGUUCUCAGAAAACAAAGAGAAUAUUUUUGGAUGAUUGUCCAUCUCGAAGCACGAGAAAAGACUUUCUAAAUGGAGAUACUAGAAGCAUUUCUGGUUCCUAUCCUUCAUAUAAUAUAUGGAAGGAUCUCUAUGCAACACCUUUAAGGGCAAGUUAUCAUAAGAGAUACACAAUGGAUGAUAAGUAGAUUCCAUGACAAUGGCUUGAAUGUGUCCAUUUCAGUGAGUCCAAGUGUCCAACAACUUGUUGUCAAUUGUUCACAGAUAAGAGCUCAUUGAUGAUAGUGUAGAUAACAUAAGUUGUUUGGUUUGGCAUGAAGAUGAAACAGCUUACUGUUUCCAUUUGUCAGGUGAUUUUACGCAAAUUUAUAGUUUUCCCCCUCUUGUUUAUGGGUAUGUUCAUGUUAUUUUUUAUAAUUUGCUCCUCUACGUUAUACUAGCUGAAAAACUGAAGUAUGAAGUAUGAGCUUAAGAUAAGACACAUUCCUGACUUGAAGCUUUUGCAUAAAAGCAUGGAUGCAUUUUGUGCAACUUAUGUUUGUAGGUUAAAAACAUUGGAUGUAGUAUGUAAACAUUGGUUUAAUGGCAUAACAUUUUUAA